GUACAUACAAGGGAGCGAAGUUUGUUAGACUGCAGUUUCGGCUGUUGUAAAUAAAGAAAAUUAGGUUUGACCGUAUUUUGUUAUAAUUGUCAGCUGAAAAAAUGUUCCAAAAUAUUUUGUGUGAUAUUGUAGCUGUGUAUUAAUGUACUGGAAAUAAAUAUUUUACAUGAUUACUUUUGCUACUGAAAUUCCCGUGUAGUAAUCUCAAAGAAGGAAAAAUGAAAGUUUACGUCAAAAUGUUGCAAGGACCAGAAUGCACGUUGGAGGUUGAAAAAUCUGAUACAAUCACCAGUUUGAAAGAACAGUUGAAGAAACUUUUGAAGAUACCUGUAGAGCAUCAGAGACUGUUGCUUGUUGGACGACCUCUAUCUGAUACAAAGCGUGUUGGUGACUAUGCCAUCAGAGACGAGAGCAAGCUUCACUUAGUGGUGAUGAAAGAACCGUCGCAUGCUGUGUUAAGGGACCGAGUGCAUAUACUCCUGACAAAUUUCUACUCUGAAAGUGACUCUGCAAAAGUAACUGACAUUUUUAUGGAAAAAUGCACAAAUUCAAUUGCAAACUUGAGUCUUGAUGACUUGGAAAGGUUAGCAACAUCUUAUUUACAACAAGAGAAGAAAAAUAAUUGAAGUUUUAAACUUUGGCAAUUAUGUGCUGUUAUGAUAAUGUUAAUGCAUAAUUGCUUAGAAUUAUGUACAUCAUUUUUAUUUUGAGCAUUUGUUCUAGAGAUUAUUAAUAAUUUUUAAAUUUUUUCUUCUGAAAACUGAUUGUCUUUUGAUUUGCGAGGCUGUUAAUUUGUUCCUGAGUUAUGUAAAUAUUAGCAUGUUAUUUUAGAUACUAAAUUUAUUUGUCAAUGAUUGAAGUUUAGUUAUUUAUGUUCUUUGCAUUGAGAUUAUUAGAAACAUUAAAAUAAUAGAACAUAAACUGGUUGUCGUAAAAAUUUUUGUGUCGUUUACCAUUGCAUUGAUUAAGUAUUAAUGAAGGUAUUCAAAUUGAAUAGCAAUACACUGUUCAUCGUGUGUAGAACUAUAUUUUUUCUUAUGCUGGAACCACAAAACUUCGACAACAAUGACACAGCAAAAAAUAAGCAGCAAAAAAAAAAAUUAAGUUCAUAAUGACAGCCAGAUGAAAACUCGGGCCUGACAGAAACAUAUCAUGUCGAUUGCAACACAUGAAAUUUCAAACUAAAAUAAUUCCCUUAGAGCAGCUUCAAAUUUUACAUGACUUAAUGAGAACUUAACCAUCUUCCCACAUAUAUUAUUCUUUCGUUUCAUUUAUUUUGUUGUACAAUCUAAUUUUUUAAAAUGGUAUUUAAUGCGGAAAUAUAUUGAGCCACAUUGUGUAAACUGUAUUUAUUCACUCGUGUAGAAAUAUAUUAUAUAUUUCUUAAAUCAACACUUUUUUUAUUCACAGUCCACAUGUUUGUAUUACAAAUUUAUGUAUUGCAGUUUUUCUCUUUAUACUUUUUGGAAAUAUAAAGCAAGUUCAUAUUUGGUAAUAAUUUUUAGUAUAGGUAGUCAUUUUAGUGUGUUUUUAUUAGUUCUAUUGUAUGUUGUGUAUUAUCAUCAGAAAGCUAAAUAAACUUAAUUGAUCUGCUGUAGUGGAACUGCAGAUGACUAUAAACCAGACGGUGACAGAAACUGUUGUGGCAUUUUGAACAUACAGGCAACCUCGAGUUGAAAGUCUUAAAAUGAUGAAAAAUGAUCGACAGCAAAUGAGAAGCAAGGUUGUGAAGUCAGCCCAACAAAAUUUUAAUUUUGAUAGCCUGGUAUGAAUUUGAUCUCUUUCUAAUUUUGUGUCUGGCACUGUGACAAAAAUUUAUUCUCAACAAAACAAAUCCUUUAUUAUAUUUAGCUAUGUUCACCAAUACCGCUAUACAGUAAAUAUCCUAAACUAUUUUACGGGCAAUUUAUGUGUAUAAAUAUGUUUAUACUACGUGGUUGUAAGGCACCUAAGGCGCCCAUUGAAAAAUGAUUAAUAUAACAAGCACAUUAAUUUAAUAACUAAGGCUUAUGUAGCUGUAUUUCAAAUUACUCUAUAGUUACACUUCAUUUUUUUAUUUUAUACACAUCUCUAUAGAGUAGGCUAAUAUUUGUGCUUUAUGGUACGCUUGUC